AAAAUCCAAAACGCGUUUUCUCUUACUCGUUUUCCAUCGACUCCAGGCCCAGGGACGGUCCGGUGGUAUUCUCCUUUUAUGUUGAAUUCUAAUAUUCCUCUUAAUUUUCUUUCAUGAUUGAUGCCCAUGUUACUGACAUCUCCUCUGUCUUUCCAGAUUUCCAUACGGCUGCAGGCUGCAGAGAUGACUUACUUUGGAGGCUCUUCUUCCUCCUAUUGGCCCUGGAAGUAUGAUGUGUUCUUGAGUUUUUGUGAUCAGGACACUCGCACCAAUUUCACCGAUUUCCUUUUUAAUUGGUUGGUUCAAGAUGGGAUUCACAUCUUUAAAGAUAAUGAAGAGCUAAACAGAGGAGAGGAUAUUUCUUCAGAACUGAUGGAAGCCAUCGAAAGUUCUAGGAUUGCCACUAUUGUUUUCUCUAAGAAUUAUGCUUCUUCCACCUGGUGCCUUGAUGAGCUAGUGAAGAUCAUCGAUUGUAAAAGAAAAAACCAAAUAGAAAAGGUUCUGCCAGUUUUCUACAAGGUGGAUCCAUCUGAUGUCAGAAAACAGAGUAACGAUAGUUAUGCCAAGGCAUUUACAACACACGAAAAGCGUUUCGAGAAGGAGAUGGGGAAGGUGAAGACUUGGAGGACUGCUCUCACUGAAGCUGCCAAUAUAUCAGGGUGGGAUCAAUUAAAAGUUGCAAAUGGCCAUGAAGCGGAGCUUAUAAAGAAAAUUGUGGAUGAAGUAUUGAAAACAGUGAACCAGACAUGCUUGCAUGUUGCAGAACAUCCAAUUGGGUUGGAUUCCCACAUUGAGCGCAUAAGUUGUUUACUAAAUGGUGGAGGAUUGGAUGUUGUUCACACUAUAGGGAUAUAUGGGCCUGGUGGAAUUGGUUAGACAACUAUAGCAAAGGUUGUUUUUAACAACAUAUUUAGAAAUUUUGAAGGUAGCAGCUUUCUUGCUAAUGUUAGAGAGGUUUCAAGUCAACAUAAUGGUUUAGCUCUGUUGCAAAAACAGCUUCUUUCUGAUGUCUUAAAGGGCAAAGACAGCCAUAUCCAAUGAGGAUCAAAGAAUCAUUAUAAUCAAAGAACGUCUACGCUAUAAAAGAGUUCUUAUUGUUCUUGAUGAUGUGGAGGAAAUGGAACAGUUCUAUAAAUUGGUUGAGAGGCAUGGUUGGUUUUGCUCAGGAAGUCGAAUCAUUCUGACAACUAGAGACAAACAUUUGUUGAAUAAGCAGGAGGUGGAUGAAAAAUAUAUGGUUAAGACAAUGAAUCAAUAUGAAUCUCGUCAACUUUUCAGUCAUCAUGCCUUUCAACAAAAUCAUCCAUUGGAAGGCUAUGAGCAACUCUCAAAAGAAAUAGUACAUUAUUCGGGGGGCUUCCAUUAGCUCUUAUGGUUUUGGGUUUCCAUCUCUCCAAAAAGAUUCAAGCUGAGUGGGAAAAUGAAUUGAAGAAAUUAAGGAAGAUACCCAAUGAUAAGAUCUUAGAAAAACUUAAAAUAAGUUAUAAUGCAUUAGAUGAUUUAGACCA